AAAAACCCCUAAAACUCUAAUGCAGUUAAAACUGGAUGGAAAUACUGCCUUGGUUGCACUUUUUUCAGUCCAUCAAAACUAGGGUCCUGGAAAUGAGUUCCUGGGACUGCGGUUCUCCGGCUCGGUAGGUGGCGCUGUCACAAAAAACUAGGGUCCUAGAAAUGCGGUCCUACAACUGCGGUUCUGAAAGUGCAGCCUCCUGUUUUGCAGGCAGAUGCUACUCACAUUGGCCCUUGAAAACCUCUACGUUAACACACUUGACCGAGAAAAAGCGCAGGGGAAGAGUUUAGAUUGUAUUAAAAGUAGGGGGGACACCUCCCCCGCGUAUUGUACACCCAUACAGGAAGCCACCGCAGAGGGAUGAAAGAGCCGCGGGUCCUAGAUGGAAUGGAUGACAUGUAUCUUAUGAGGUAGCGUAGCUCCGCCUUCGCGUGUUUCAACUAGGUCCUGUAGGCUACUGUAAAGCUCUUCGCAUACGACUUCAUUUUUCAUAGGUUCUGUUAUACAACGUAGAAGCUUGAAGAUCUGUAAGCAUGUCUGGAAGAGGUAAAGGCGGUAAAGGACUCGGGAAAGGAGGCGCUAAGCGGCACCGUAAAGUCCUGCGGGAUAACAUCCAGGGCAUCACCAAACCCGCCAUCCGUCGUCUCGCUCGCCGCGGCGGAGUCAAGCGUAUCUCCGGUCUGAUCUACGAGGAGACCCGCGGUGUGCUGAAGGUGUUCCUGGAGAACGUGAUCCGCGAUGCCGUUACCUACACCGAGCACGCCAAGAGAAAGACCGUCACCGCCAUGGACGUCGUGUACGCGCUGAAACGACAGGGACGCACUCUGUACGGCUUCGGAGGAUAAACACGUCCGUGUUACCAUAGAAACCCAACGGCUCUUUUAAGAGCCAC